AUUAUUGACUUAUCGUGUUUUUAUAAAUUAAGUUGUGUACCAUUAAAAUGUUGCUUUAAAUUAUAUACCUUACAUAUUAGUGAGCAAUAUGAUCAAUUUAAUGAACAAUAUCUAGGAAACUCAUUUAAAUAAUUUUGAGCAUCCUUCAUAUUCAAGAGAUAAAAGUUAAUAAAACUGUACUAUCACCUAAAUGAGAAGGAUGAGUGCGUUAAGAAAAUAUAUAGACAUUGGUGCUAACCUAACAGAUGGUAUGUAUAAAGGAGUAUAUAAUGGGUCUAGAAAACAUGAGCCAGAUUUGGACGUGGUACUGGAGAGAGCUUGGACUAGUGGCAUCAACAAAAUCAUUGUUACUGGAGGGAGUCUUGAAGACAGUAAAAAAGCGAUCGAGCUUUCUAGGACAGACUCUAAGUUAUUCACAACCGUGGGAUGUCAUCCAACCAGGUGCAGUGAGUUUCUAUCCAAUCCUGAUGACUACCUACAAGGACUGCGAGAUCUCAUAUCAGGAAACAAGGACAAAGUUGUGGCUAUAGGAGAGUGUGGACUAGAUUAUGAAAGGUUUCACUUUUGUGAGAAGGAAGUGCAACUAAAAUUUUUUGAGAAGCAACUUCCGUUGAGUCUGGAGUACAAUCUGCCGUUGUUCCUUCACUGUCGAGCGGCAGCUGAUGACCUGAUUGAAAUAAUCAGUAGGAAUCGAGACAAGAUUACCGGCGGGGUGGUGCAUUCCUUUGAUGGAUCAGAGCAAGAUCUUCAGAAAAUCCUGGAGUUGGGCCUAUCUAUAGGUAUUAAUGGAUGUUCCCUCCGUUCAAAAGAAAAUAUUGAAAUUGCUUCAAAAAUACCAAGAGACAAACUCAUGAUCGAAACCGACUGUCCGUGGUGCGAAAUAAAACCCUCCCAUCCAGGUUAUUGUCAUGUCAACACGAAGUUUGAGACUGUAAAAAAGACAAAGUAUUCUCUACAGAGCAACGCUCAGGUCAAGGGUAGAAACGAGCCCGUUAAUAUAGUGAACGUACUCGAGGUGUUGGCUGCAGUGCGCGGAGACGACGCCGACGAAUUAGCAGCUGCCAUUUAUGAGAAUACGAACAAAAUGUUUUUUCCUGAUCGUUUGUAAAUAAAUCUAUACAUAUAAAUAAAAUUGGAGUGUCUGUUUGUAAUUUUGAAAUAACC